GCUCAUUGGUCCGCUUUGUCAGUCUGCAACCAGACGGCCAAUCACAGAGCUGCAUGUUGACACGCGGCAGGCCAGCUCGCCUCUCAGCAGGAAGAACCGCUGGUUCGGCCCGAAAGACGGAAAUAAACGCGAAACAAAGAAGUUCUGGUUCUGAUCCGAGCGGCAAGAACCGAGAUCGGAACCUCAGGAGGAUAAUUGUGGUGGGGGCAGAGAGGAGGCCGGGACCGAGCUGCUGGUUCCGGUACCAGUGAUCGUCACAGGUUCUGCUCCGGAUGGCUGAUGGACCCGCGGCGGCCAUGAGCGGCGAGCCGGAGGCGCUGGCCGUGGUGACCCAGCUGCGGGACCUGGCGGCGGACCCGAUGAACCGCCGGGCCAUCGUCCAGGACCACGGCUGCCUGCCGGGCCUCAUCCUGUUCCUGGACCACCCCAACCCCCAGGUGGUCCACUCCGCCCUGCUGGCGAUCCGGUACCUGGCAGAAUGUCGACCCAACAGGGAGAAGCUGAAGGGAGAGCUGGGAAUGAUGCUGAGCCUGCAGAACGUCGUGCAGAAGUCCACCACGCCAGGAGAAACCAAACUGCUGGCCUCCGAGAUCUACGAACUCCUUCAGGCAGCCGGCGCCGCCGACGCCGAGGCGGACCGGGCGGCGCCGGCCGGCGGCCGACGGAAAGCCCAGUUCUUCCUGGGCUCCAGCAACAAGAGAGCGAAGACGGUGGUCCUGCAGAUCGACGGCCUGGACGACCCGGUGAGUUCCCGGACCUCGCAGAGAAUCAGCAGAACCUGCAGGUUCCUGACCCUCCGCCGUCUGCAGGGCCGGCGGGGUCUGUGCGAGGAGGCGCUGCUGAAGAUCCGCGGCGUCAUCAGCUUCACCUUCCAGAUGGCCACCAAGAGAUGCAUCGUCCGGGUCCGAUCGGACCUCAAGGCCGAGGCUCUGGCGGCGGCCAUCGCCGCCACGGAGGUGAUGAGCGCCCAGCAGGUGGUGAAGGCCGAGAACGGAGACGAGGUUCUGAUCCAGUUCUCCGGUGACAGUUCUGUGGAGGUGGAGCAGAACCGGGACCUGCCGGAGUACCUGCCGGAGGACGAGAGUCCGUCCGAAGAACCGGACAAGGCGGUCAGCCGCCUCGGAUCGGGCCCAGAAGGGAGCAGCUGGCUCGGUGCUGCCGCCAACUUCCUGACCCGCUCCUUCUACUGGUGAUCCGACAGUACCGCCACCAGAACCCUCUCCUCUGUUCAGACCCGCUGCCUCUCGGAACCAGAACCAGCCGCUGGACUCUAACCGCAGUGUCUUAUUGAGCAGGAGAAGUUCUGCAGCCACCGGAACAAAAAGCCCAGAAGUUUCCGAGUUCUUAUUUAUUCUACCAACGGACAGAGACACAGAACCCAGUUUGCAGCAGGUUCUGAUCAGGAAUUAUGAUACCAGAACCGGGUCAGUUGAGUAAAUAACCCAAAGUGCAUGUUCUGAUCCGUGUUUGCCAGCUUUAAACCAGAACCUCCUCAGCUGCUGAGACGGUUCUGCUGGGCGACCCGUCUUUGUUUCGGAUCAGGGUUCUGGUUUCAGACGUUUUGUGACUGAAACUGGGUCAUGUUUACAUUUUUCCUGACUGAUGCCUUGAAACCCGAGUUUACCGGACCAGACGUGACCUGGUUCCGACCUCUGGAGCCAGAACCAGGACGGUUCUGUUGAGCACACGAACAUUAAAAUGAGCUGAAAGCCGGGAAACAUUCCGAGUUCUUUCUGGAAAAAAGAACCGGUUCUGUUGGACUUUCUCUUAUAUUACCCCCGGAUCAAGCAGAACCUUGUUCUAACAGAACCUUGUUCUAACAGAACCUUGUUCCAACAGCAGCUUGUCGGUACCGACUAAGCGUCCCGUGUGAUUUCCAUCAUUCCUCUAAUCUCACCCAGUGCAGUUCUGCUGGUCCGGUCCAUUUUCUGUUCUGGUUCUGGUUCUAGAACAGAUCUGAACCAGCUCGGUUUAAGGUGGUUCUGCUGAAGACCAUGAGAAUCAGAACCAAACGGAUCCUUUAGGCGACUCCCUGUAGGAACUGAUCCCGACCAGAACCUCAGCAGAACCAAAGUACUUUGUUCUCUCUGCCGCUGUUCUGGCAGGAAGGAACCAGAUGACCCACCUUCAGGCAGUGCUGGAUCUGGUACCGGUUCUGGAAGGGCCAGAGCAGACUCUGAACCCGGAGUGGACCCGGAACCGGCACCGCUGGGUUGGGACUCCGCUCCUCUCAGGGUUGAACAAGGUUCUGGGUUUCCAGAGUUCUUUUAAAGCAUCAGAACCGACUCAUGCUGUCGGAACUGGGUCCGGUCCGGUUCUGACCCGACUCGCUCCGCUCUGACUGAAUCCUGUUAAACCCUUCGUCCUCCUGCUCAUCUUCCUCAGCGUGUGAAUAAAGCCUUUGUCUGAAA